AUGCGAAGAGAAAGCCUUCGUGUGACGCGACUUCGCGAUUUGGUUGAAAUUUCCCCGCACGUGUGGGAAGAAUAUUCCGAUCAUUCCCCAGGUUCGGUCUCCGAACUCGGCUCCAAGCAAGGUCAAGUUUUCAAGGAGCUAUUGCUCGAGUCCCCGCACUUCCGCGUGUACUCUUACAACGUCUUACCGUCGGGAGAACAUUCCGUCAAGUUUUUGAUGGGUUCGCCUCGCAUGGACAGCCUCGACGACGUGUCACGAGUCACCACCGUGGUCGCGAACGCUGACGAAGGAUUAAUCAACCUUGUCCCUGAGACGAACGGCAGCGGCUUCGUCGCCGAGAUUCGAUUCCCUCUGCCAGAGUUGGAGACACGAACGAAGAAGAAUGAGGGCAUGUCAUCCACGCAAAUUCGCGAGAGGCGCCUCAACGGCCUCGUUCGCGCCUUGGAGGAACAAAUCAUCGACGAAAGUCUCAUCUGUCUCAUGGAAAAGGGCAGUGACGAUCGAUCAGUCUUCACCGGUGAGGCACGCUUGAACAAGUACUUCACCGGCAUGCGCGCUCGCCCCAGCGAAUUGCUUCAUCGAGGCACGUGCACGUCGUCUUCUCCCACCGCCGGCGCGCUCCAAGCGUCUCGGGACAUGCUUCUCAGACUUUGGGAUCUCGAAGAAAACGCCGACGAGGCACUCUGCGAAGAAGUUCGCGAACGCGUCGAGGCGUUAUUCUGCGACGGCAACGGUCGAAUGGUUAUCCAUCCGUCUGGCACCGACGCGGAGAUGGUUCCGCUCCUUCAAGCAAUCCUCGCCUCUCGCGCUCUCAAGCGCCAAGCUGGUUUGACAGACAUCAAAGGUGACGUAGUCAACAUCGUGUGCUGCGCCGGUGAAGUCGGAAGCGGCACCACUCAAGCAGCAGAAGGGAAAUUCUUCUCGAGCACUGUCCCGUUGGGCGGUUACGGCGUCGUCAACGGCGAGGAGUUGCCAGCAAUUCACAAGCUGUGCAACAUGAAAUCCAUCGAGCUAGUUGCACGAUCGUCCGUCAACGGGGAUCUACUCGAUGAAUACGACGAUAUGGUUGAAAGUACGACGCGCAAAGCUCUCGUGGAGAAUCCGCACAGAGUCGUCGUCGUGCACUCAGUUGCCGGAAGUAAGACGGGUCUAUGCGUCCCGUCACCAGUCGUCGCCGAGAAACUCAAAUCAGAGUUUGGUGACCGCAUCAUCUCUGUUCUCGAUGCGUGUCAAAUGCGCAGUGGUCCGUCGCUGAUUCCUCGCUGGCUCAAUGAAAUGGGUCCUGUUCUCAUGACGAGCUCCAAGUUCUACGGCGGUCCGUCCUUUGGAAGUGGCGUCUUUGUGCCCCACGCGUGCUUGGCGAAGAUGAACGAAGAAUUGGAAGCGGAACCCGCGAGUGCGGUCGUUGACAUCGCCGAGGCGUGCGCAUCCUAUCUCACGUCUUAUGAUAUCGGUCCUCUCAUGCCGCGCCUUCACGACGCCAUGCCGCCUGGUUUCUGUAACACGGGCUUGCUCCUUCGUUGGGCCGCCGGCUUGUACGAGAUGGAAUCGCUCAACGACGCCACCACCAACGCCGGUGGCACGGCAGUCGCUGAAGAAAAACUCCGUUCGUGGGUCUUUGCGAUGCGCGAAGAGGCACAACGGCAUGCUCCCGAGAUCGAAUUCGUUCAACCGAUUGACUACGAGAACGAGUGGCAGUACGGUGGCGUGAACACGAUUAUCUCUGUUCGCUUGCGCAAUCCUGCUGGAGAAUAUUACUCGACGCCCGAGUUGAAGAAAAUAUAUGGUUUGAUGCACUCUGAUAUCUCGGAGCAUCUCGCCGACGGUAGCACCGACGAAGAACGUCGCGUUGCUUCGAAGAGAUGUCUCACUGGGCAACCGGUGGACAUUCCCGAAGGUCCCGUGUUGCGUGUUGUUCUGGGCGCCGCACAGCUCACCGAUUUGGUUAGCGGUGCCCAAACCUUGGAAGAGAUGAUGAAAGAAGAUCGUGAUCUCUUCAAGAAACUCGUUUUGAUCAGCCGACAGUUUUUGCACCUGACGAGCUAUGAGUUGUAGCGUCGCUUCCAGCGAGAAGCCGCUCCUCCCAAAGUAGUUCGCGACUGUCCCUGGGUUGUCGUAUUUUUCGAAUUGCAACGUUAAAAAUGAACGAUUGAGCAUCUCUCGAGAUGACUUUAUGACUUGUGUGAAUUAAUGGUGAAUUAGUUAGAGUGUUGUAGAAUUAUGACCACGAAUGUUCU